AAAGAGACGCAGGAGGAGGAGGAGAAGGAGGAAGGAGAAAAGAAGGGGUGUGUUCUACGGAAGAACAGGAGUGUUGUUGUUUCUGGUGUUUUAAAAGAAAACUCCAGGACGGAGUUUCAGAGACUGAGAUCGGUGGAUCGAACCGGAGAACUUUGAGCAUGGAGACAGAGGACAGGAGUUCUGUGGGAGACUGGCAGCAGCAGGUGGGGAGAUGGACCACGCAGAUAAAAAGUACUUUUGAUGACCCACACCCACAGGUAUCACAGCUGAUGAACACCAGCGUGGGCCAGUACCUGGGCAGCCAUCCGUUGGUCGCCCUGACAGUGAUGGUCUUCAGUGCCAUGGCUGCUCUACCUGUGGGUCUCUUCCUCAUCUUUGCACUUGUCACCAUGGUCAUAUCAGCCGUGGGCUUUGUGUUUGUUGAAGUGACGGUGUUGUUCCUGGGAGGCAUGAGUUUACUGUGUGUGCUCUCUGGCAUCGCACUCUUCUCCGUCUUUGCUUCACUCAUCCUAAUGGCUCUUUAUAUAACCAUCUCCCACAUCCUGGUGUAUUAUCCCCAGCUGACAAAGGUAAUGAACCAAUGACCAAUGACAGACUACAGGAGCUAAG